AUGACAUCAACCGAGUUGACUUUUGCUGCCGCAUUUGCGUAUAUUGAGUCUGAGCAGACUGAGAAAUUUUGUUGGGUGUUAGAAAAGCUUAAAGAAUUGUUUGUGAAGCUAUAUUUGUGUCCACGAGUGAUUGUGACAGAUAGAGAUCUUACUUUGAUGAAAUCCAUUAAAAUUGUGUUUCCAAGGUUGAUCAAUUUGCUUCGUCGAUUUCACAUUAACAAAAAUGUUGGUGCAAAAUGCAAGCAACAUGUGGUUAAUGACAUGUAA